CCCACUUCCUUUCUUCUUCUUCUUCCGCCGCUCCGUGAGAGAGAGAAGUGGUUUUUAAAGAGAGAGAGGAGAGAAACAGAGAAGAACAGUCUUCUGAGGGAGAGAGUGCUGCAUUUUGGUGUUGUAUUUGCUAAUUCAAAAGCUCCAAUUACGUGCAACUCAGAACUAAGAAGAAGAAAGAUUUUGUUCGAAUUAUUAGAACCAUAUUCAGUUUCUGUGGAAAGAUUCUGAAUUUUCUUUUAACAAAAGUUUUCAGGUUUUUCUGAAUUCUUCGGGAGUUUUGUGUUGGUUCAUUUCAUCAGUAAGCAAGUGAAGUUGAAUUUCACUAGUCGAGGAGGAGAGUUUUUCAGGUUUGAGAAACGGAAUGCACCACCGAUCUUAAGUCGAGUGGAGGAAUCAGAUUACUCAGAAUUUCACCUUUGAAUGUUUAUUGGAUUUUAAAAUUCUGCUUGAAGACUGAAAUUGAAAUCAAGAACAGUGAAGGAGGGAGAAACAGAGAGUCUGGUUUACUUAGCGGGAAUUCAGGACACAACAAAAACGACUUGCUUUCGAUCUGGAAAAUAUUUUCUCGGGAAUUGAACUUAAAAUCAGAGUUGUUGAGAUUCUCCUUGUCAAUAAAUAAUCAAAUUUUUCGCGCCCAUGGAACUGUCUCAGUCUUGUUCUUUUGGAACUGAAGGUAAAAAACCAACACAUGAUUUUCUAUCACUAUACAAUAAUCAUUCAUCUUUCCAGCACCAAGAUCCAAGACCUUCUCAAGGAAUUUACUUGAAAACUCGAGAUUUCUUACAACCACUUGAAACAGUAGAAAAAAGCAAUUCAAAGGGAGAAAGCAGUAGCAUAGUCGAAACAUCGUCGUCGUCUCCUGUUAUUAUUGAAAAAAAGGCCAUCUCACAGCCUCGGCCGCCUUCUUCGUCAUCUUCUGCUUCCUCAAUUGAACAUGUACUUCCCGGUGGGAUUGGAACUUAUACUAUAAGUCACAUUUCAAAUUUCAGUCAACAACAAGUUGUUCCUGGACAAGAAAGACCUACUGGGUCCUCAGUUAUUGCUCCUGCAGCUCCAACGACUAGUUAUGAGAAAAAAACUGAAGUAGUAGUAAAUAAUAGAGCUGCUGUUUCUAAUAGUAAUAGUUCUUAUAGUGGUGGGAGUUCGUUUACAUUGUGGGGAGAUUCUGUCGUUGAAAAAAAAGUGUCAUCGUUGGCGAUGAUGUCUAAGAAGGGGAAUAGUAAUGGGGAUCAUGGUCAAGCUCUUAGAGAAUCUGUGCACAAUUUAGGGAAGUGGUCAUCAGAGCAGUCAUUGCCGUCUAACCCUUACAUUCUUCCUAACAGCUUUAACUCUCUUCCUUCAUCAAAGGGAAUGUCCCAUAAAAAUCAGAGUUUUAUGGAAAUGAUGAAAUCAGCCAAGAGUGUUCACGAAGAUGAUGAUGACGAUGAAGAAUAUCUUGGAAAGAGAGAUAUAUCUUCCCAGAAAGAAUUGACAGUGAAAGUUGACAGCAAAAAUAUCGAUCAGAAAGCCAAUACGCCGAGGUCAAAACACUCUGCAACAGAGCAGCGCCGAAGGAGCAAGAUUAACGACAGAUUUCAGAUACUGAGAGAGAUUAUACCCCUUAAUGAUCAAAAGAGAGACAAGGCCUCAUUUCUACUGGAGGUUAUCGAGUACAUUCAGUUUUUACAGGAGAAAGUCACUAAAUAUGAGGGUCCCUACCAAGGAUGGAAUCAGGAGCCAACAAAGUUGAUGCCUUGGCAGAGGAAUAGAAAUGGGACUGGAGAAAACAUGGCUGAUCAUUCUCGGGUGGUAAAGAAUGUCCCUGGUCCAGGAAUGAUAUUUGGUGGAAAGUUUAAUGACCCAAACAUCCCUAUCUCAUCGACCCUGGUAGGGAAUGCACAUAAUGUAGUAGAAAAUGACUUAACACCAGGUGUUUCCUAUAAACCUAUGGAACCCCACCUUGGGAGAGCAAAUAAGGCACUGCCCCUUCCGGUUCCUAUUCGACCAGAAUUGUUCACACCUGCUGGUGAUCUUGCCCAACCUAUACAAAGACCAACACUUGAUGAAGAGAACCUGGCAACCGGAGCUGAAUCACAUUUACGGCAGAGUAGAUCAUGUGCUGUUGCUGCAACUGAUGUGCUCAAGGAGAGGGAUGAAAUGGUAGUAGAAGGGGGAACAAUUAGCAUAUCAAACGUCUAUUCCCAGGGGUUGCUAAAUAAUUUGACAAAAGCACUACAGAGUUCUGGCGCAGAUCUUUCACAGGCAAGCAUCUCUGUGCAGAUUGAUCUAGGGAAGCAACGGCUGGCAGCUUCAAAGGAUCACGCAAACCCUUCAGCUAGCAACCAAACAAGCUCACGCUCCAGAAAUUUGAACUGUGGAGAAGAUUCAAAUCAAGCUCAGAAGCGGCUAAAAAUAGAAAACAGCUAGUAGGACUUAUAAAUACCUUUUGUAUUCUCUCCUUUUCUUUUGUUGUUAUAUUAUUGGGGGGUUAAUUGAUAUUUCGUUUCUUGGUCUUAGAAAUUCCGAUCUUUGUUUACCAGAUCGAUUGUACAUGCACAACUGGUCUCAUGUUUUGGUUUUAAAACACAUGAUUCCUACUCACGGACCCUUCUGUAUUCUUUUAUUUCAUUUGUAUUUCCUUCUUAGAGAGAGACUUUCACGGAAAUAUGGUGAAGCUGCUUACUGUUUGAGGCUUCCUAUCACCAUGUGAUGUUUCUCUUCUUGUCUUCUCAUUUUGUUCCUUAUGUUUAUCUAAAUGCAAUGUACCAUAAUUUCUGAUGCACUUCAA